AUGACACAAGCCACACUCCGCACCGACCGUCUCGAGCUACGGCCUCUCGGACCCGAACACGGGGAUUACAUCUACCAACUGGACUCAGAUCCUCAAGUUAUGAAGUACAUUGGUUACGGCAAGCCACUCUCGGCCGAUGAUUCCGCUAUCGUACACAAACUGCUGCUCGAGACAGCCUCGUUCGGAUCCGGGCUUGGAUGCUGGGUUGGAUUUGCAGGCGAGAACUUUGUAGGCUGGUGGAUUUUAGCACCCAGCCAGAGCAACGAUACUCCCCCCGAAGUCAACAAGAAGCGUGUCGAGUUCGGUCUGAGGAUCCUUCCCAAGUUUUGGGGUCAGGGUUACGCAAAGGAGGGUUCCCGGGCAGUGGUGAAGCAUGGUCUGGAAGAUCUCGGCGUUGAAGAAGUAUUCGGCGAGACCAUGGCUGUGAACCAGGGCUCACGGGCUGUCAUGUCAAAGAUUGGGCUCAAGCAUGUCAGGACAUUCCACAACAAGUACGACAACCCUCCUCCUGGCAUUGAAGAGGGAGAAGUGGAAUACCGUGUUACAAGGGACGAGUGGUCAUCGCAACAAGUAUGCGCGGCAUAG